AUGAGUGUAUCUGCAAAGAUGAUUAGCUUGCAGGAGUUGGAGGAAUACUAUCGGCAACAUUUUGAAAUUGCAUCAUUGCCCAUUGCACAAAGACCAAUAAAUUCUGAUCUACUCACCCGCACAGAAAGAGAGAUAAUGGAUUGUACCACAAGAAUUGACCAAGCAUUAGGUCUACCAACGAUUAUGGAUGUGAAGCCUGAAAGAACAUUUAAAAGGGGUUUCAACAUUAAUUCACUUUUUAAUGAUGUAACAAAAAUAUUUUCAGUAGAUAUAUUUUUGUUAAAGCGGUUCUAUAAUUCACUAAUUCAACUUAUAUUCACGUUUUAUAACUUCGUAUGGGAUAUCGGAUUGACAUUAUAUGGUCCAAGUAUUUGUAGUAUAAUCGAAGUCUUUUUUGGAGAUGGCUCUACUUUACAUUUGUUUCUACUAUGCGUGGUAGUAUCUAUAUGUAUAUUAAUACACAUAUUUUUUAACUGUCCCCCCGUAUACGUCAUUUUAUCAGGAUUUCCAGUUUUGUGGCAAGUGGCACUCACUAUAUCACCUACCUCCGAAAAUUAUUCAAUUCCAACUUUCAUAGAAAGAUUGCCCUAUAUUAGCACUCAUGAGAAGAAGACUCCAAAAGUCGUUGAAAGUAAUUGGAACGAACAAGAUAAUGUAACAUUUACAAUCAAAUCUGGUAGCUCAAAGAGGUUAAUACCUGAGGAGCGGGCUAUCGCAUUGCUUAAAAAAUUGGAAAAUGACCCUUACUAA